AUGGACCAAAACACCCAGCUCAACAUGUUCAAUUCGCUCAGGCAUAUUUCGGAGAGGUUCCCGAACAUGCAUGGAAAUGAGUUACAGCACAGGGUGUUCAGGGACUACGUGAUCUCGCAGCAGGACGUGACUCUCCGCCUCAUCGACGAGCAGGGGGAGGAGACGCUGACCCGGCACAGGGUGAACAAGCGCGACCAUCAGGCGGUGAGGGAGCAGUACGUUCAGAAUGUGUUGACCCAGGGCGUGGUGGUUGGCUGGUCAGAGCAUACCCGCAAGAACCACUUGACAUCGAGGGGGUGCGCUGCCAUCGGGAAAUCGUGGGAUAAGUGCUACGAGGAAUUUCUCAAUGAGAACUUCACUGGGCUCUUCAAAAAGUACAACCACUUCAAGUGCGCGAAGAUCUUCCUGCGCGGCAUGGAGAAGCUCAGCAUCAUGCAGGCCUACAUCCAAGAUUGUAAUGCGAAGGUCAACUUCGCGAAUCCCAAGUUCUCCGUGGAAGGGACCCUGGUAAUCAACCGCGACGUGUACGUCGCGAUCUACGAGGGCUUCGUGGACACCGUGCCCGCGGAUCACUUGAAGGUGAUGCUGCUGGAGGCCCUGAAGUUCGUCGUUCCGAUCGCGGAUGCGGGCGACAGCGUCGACGAGGAUGCUCGCUGGGUGUUUGAAGGUGGAGCGAAGCCAGAUGCCUUGAAAGCUCUUAAAUGCCCAAUGGGAGGCUCUGUGGUUUUCAAAAGUGGCCAGAAGUCGCAUCAGAAGGAGAUGAGGAAGAAAGAGGAGAAGGGCAGCAAGGGCCAGGGCAAGGGCAAGGGAAAGAAAGGUAAAAAGAACAAGGGCGAUGGCAAGACAGUGAAGAGGUCGUCGCCAGUGAAGCCAGGCGCAGCCAAGGGUCUGAAAAAGUCGAUCGCCAAGAUGCUAUCGAGCCCGAAGUCCCCUUCAAAGAAGAAUAAGAAGGCCGAGGCGCCGGAGGCACAGGGCUCAGCUCAGGGCUCCAGCUCAGCCGAUGCUCCGCCGCCUCAGCCCGACGUGGGCAAGGGCAGGGGCAGGGGCAGGGGCAGGGGCAACAGCGGAAAGGGUGAGGCCCCACCCGCCGAGGCCGUGGACAUGACGGAGUCUUGGGAGACAACCGCCGCCAUCAUUCCGAGGACGCCUCCGGCGCGUCCUGACCCGACCGCAUCAGAUGAUGAUGUGGCUGGUGAUGCAAUCAUCGCGCCUGUCCCUACCCCUGACGUGACAUCGCGGGAGAAGCUUUUCCUGGACGACCUCUACUCUGCAAUUUCCAGCGUGGUCCGCAAGGUUCCGGAUGAUAAGGUGAAGUUUGACAGCAUCAAGUGGGCGUACUCGCAGGGUAUCUUCUUCGGCCUGUCGAAAAAGGUGAUGGAUGGUGCUGUAGCUGCGUGUCCACAGCUCUACGGUGCAACGUUGUGGUCGCACGUUCGCGCGGCUCUGAGGUCGAAGGUUGCCGCCGAUCACGCAGGCAUUCCAGGAGUCGAUGCAGUUGCGGCAUCCAACAUCGCUACCUCGAUCAACUGUACCUUACAGAGGGUCGUGGACGAGAAAUCGGAGAUGAUAAAAAUCAAGAUGGCCGCGCUCGACCGUCUUUGGGAUGAUGCGCAGAUGGUUGCUGAUUUGUCGAUGUUCCUCCUUAAGAACGACGUGGCCAUGCCAGUCACCAUGCAGCCCGCGUUCCAGGAGAUCAAUACGGCGAUAUUCACAUCUAUUCGCAAGGAGUCUCCCAAGGAAGGUUUGGACAUUGACGCUGUCGUCAAGUCGAUGCAGAAAUACAUGAAAAACCAUGCCAUCUUCAAUCGCCGCGACCUCAUCGUGCCCGUGCUUCAUGAUCUGUUUGAGAACUGGUCUCUUUCCGUCCCGCAGCGCUUGCAGCCGAUCUUCCCGGAUGCGGUUACUAUCAAGAGCUUCUGCAGGUUCCGCGUGGAGUACGUCAUGGGAAUCUUGAACACACUUUGCACUGGCAGCACCAAGGUUGUCAAGCAUCCAUUCCUCACGCAGCUCGCCAUGAUAUCUGACAUCGUCGAGGUUGUGUCGCACGUCGACGUCCAUCUCCUGCACGACACUGACAACGCAGUCCUCGAUUGGGAGAGGUUCUGGGCGGAACUGCUGGCGACUGCAUCCCAGGAAGCUUCCACGCCAUCUACGCUGUCGGCAUUUGUCCAGAGUCGCCUGGAUUCCAUCCUGGACCACAACAAGAAGCAGAACUCUACCAAGCUCGGAGAGCAGCAGGUCGUCAACCAGCCUGGGUCACAGAAGGACGAUCAACCGACCGAGACGACCCAGGAGACGAAGGAGGCUAAGUUGAAGGAGGCGAUCCUGGCGACUCGUCAGCCCAUGGAGGCAGUGAUGACCGACAUCGUCAACAUGUGGGGCGGCCUCGCUACGGACCAUGAGGAGGAAGAGAAGAAACCAUUGGUGGAGGACCACCACCGCAUGCGCUUCCACGAGGCGUGUCUGGAGGCGAUCUCCCGGGACAUCCACAAGGCGGCGCUGGUCCUCUACACAAACACGGCAGACAACGGUCUCGACGGUGUCUACGUGGACCCAAUCUGCUGCGGGAGCGGCGCAUGGUGCGUCCAGGCAAGCCGUUCCGUUCGCAUGAACUUCAUUGGCCCCCUUAGCCUGAUACCGUCUGUGGGCUCUAUCAAGAUCGCUGAGGUGGACGGCAUGGGAGUCUACGUGCGCUGCAAGAUCAACAUUUCGCCAAACAAGGGAGGCGCCUACAUCAACGAAUACGUCGCGCCAGCCUGGUUGGUGCGGCCAGUGAAGGCGACGUGCGACGGGGAGCCCGUGGAGGUGCCUACAAUGAGCAUCGCGCACAAGACUAUUCAGGUCGAUGUCAAGUACUCCAAAGCAAUGCUCUCACCUCCUUUGUCGGUGAAGAUCCCUGUUAAGCUCUUCUACAUGACAGUACUUCCAGGCUUCUAUGACAAGUGCGUCGAGCUGACGCGGCCGUGGAUCGACGAGGAGGUGCGUGAGACUACCGCGAACAUGAAGACGUUCAAGGCGAGCGAUCUCUCCCGGAAGGCCCUCUUGCUCAAGGCCAGGGCCGCCGAGGCGGCAGCGAAUGGUGCAGAGGACGAGGCCAACAACGCCAGGCUUGAGAAGAGGAAGAGGGAGGAGUGGACUGAUGUUGCUAAGCAUCUGUUGGGAUGA